AUGGCAUUCUCUUUUUACACUUGUUUUGUUAUUUUACUUUUUUCACUCUCUAUAACAGUGAGGAGCAGUGAGAUUACUAGUGCAACAAAUAAUGAUUCAGAAUCUCUUUUAUCUGAGGAAAAAGCAUUGCUGGAAACUGGGUGGUGGAGUAGCUACAGCAACAUAGGUGUUCACCAUUGUACAUGGCCUGGUGUCAGAUGUAAUGCUGCUGGAAGUGUCAUCGAGAUUGAUCUUAGUGGCCAUGGUCUAAAUGGGACUAUAACACCUCAAAUAGGUGCACUUUCAAAACUCAAGUCCCUCAACCUGUCCUCAAAUAAUCUUAGAGGUGAGUUACCUUCUUCACUUGGAAACCUUACUCAAUUGGCAGUGCUUGAUGUUUCUUAUAAUGAAAUUCAUUCCAUUCCCUUGGAAAUUGACAAGAUGGAGAAUCUUGUUACUCUAAAUUUGACGAGGAACCUCAUCGUUCAUCUGCCUUCAGCUAUAGGUCUUUUGACCAAUCUCACUCACUUGAUUAUGAACUCUAAUCCAUUACGGAGCAUAGUCCCUCCCCAUAUAUGGAACCUGAAAAAGCUAAGGACUCUCCACCUCCGAAACUGCCAGCUCAAUAGUUCCAUUCCUCCAUAUAUAGGAAAGUUGAAGAGUUUGGUUAAUCUCCAUCUCUCAAGCAACAUGCUUGUUGGUCCAAUCCCAUCUUCUAUCACCAACCUAACUAAUCUACAGUCGUUGCUCCUUCAAGGCAACCAACUUAAUGGAUCCAUUCCACGAGAAAUUGGGAGACUGACAAAUUUGAUUACAUUGAAUCUAUCUUCUAAUAAUCUUGUUGGUCCAAUCCCAUCUUCUGUCAACAACUUGACCAAUCUUGCAUCGUUGGUUCUUUAUGGAAACCAACUUAAUGGACCCAUUCCACAAGAAAUUGGGAGACUGACAAAUUUGAUUACAUUGGAUCUAUCUUUUAAUAUGCUUGUUGGUCCAAUCCCAUCUUCUGUCAACAAUGUAACCAAUCUAGGGUCGUUGCUCCUUCAGCAUAACCAACUUAAUGGAUCCAUUCCACAAGAAAUUGGUAGGCUAACGAAUUUGGUUACACUGGAUCUAUCCUCCAAUAUGCUUUUGGGCCCACUCCCACCAAAUUUGGGUAAUUUAUCCAGUCUGGAAUAUUUAGAUCUUUAUACAAAUAAAAUAAAUGGUUCCAUCCCAUUAGAAAUAAAAAAUCUUAAGAGGUUGACUAACUUGGAUCUUGGUGCCAAUAACUUGAGUGGUCAAAUCCCUUCAUUUCUAGGUCUUUUACCCAACAUGAGUCUUUUGUGGCUUGACUCAAAUCUUUUUGAAGGUUUCAUCCCAAUAGAUAUUGGAAAAUCAAAGAAUCUGACUCUAUUGUUCCUCUCUGAUAACAAACUCACUGGCUCAAUCCCUUCAUCUCUUUGUUACUUGACCAAUUUGCUGUGGUUGUUCCUUGACAGAAAUCUUUUACAUGGUCCCAUCCCUUCUCAAAUUGGAAAUAUGACCAAUCUAAAAGAGUUGCAUCUUGAUUCCAAUCACAUUUCCCAUUCUAUCCCUUCAUCUCUGCUUCAUUUACCCAAUUUAAGGUAUCUAUCCAUGGCCUCGAAUCUUUUGGAAGGUCCCAUAUCCCAUGAAAUUCAUAGUUUGAAGUUAAAGCACCUGGAUCUCUCAUACAACAAAUUGAGUGGACCCAUUCCAACUCAGAUUGGUAAUUUGUCAAAUUUAACAUACUUAAAUUUGGCAAACAAUAACUUGAGUGGAAGGAUUCCCCAAUUUGGGAAUUUAACUCAUUUAAGCAUCUUAGAUGUCAGUUGGAAUAAUCUAACGGGCAUGAUUCCUGAAUUUCCAAUUUAUCCGGAGAGCCUCAAUUUGUCAAUGAAUUCACUAUGGGGUCCAAUUCCAGAUGGAUUAUUGCAUUUUGCACCCGACACAUUUACAGGCAACAAGUAUUUAUGUGGUUCCAUUCAAGGCUUUCGUCCUUGCCCUUCAUCUCCAACUGUAAACAAGGAAAGAAAUAGCAAAGUAGUGAAGCACAAUCUGCCUGUUGUUAUUCUGGUUCCAACUUUAUUAUUUUUUGUCUCGACUUUUGUGUUGGUAAUGUUCAUCCUAUUCCGACGAUAUAAAGCUACAGCUUUGAAACCUGAUCCAAGUCCAACAGAAAAUGGAGAUUUAUUCUCUAUUUGGAGCUUUGAUGGAAAGAUUGCGUUUGAAGACAUCAUCAAAGCCACAGAGGAUUUUGAUAUGAAAUAUUGCAUUGGAACUGGGGGUUAUGGCAGUGUCUACAGAGCAGUCUUACCAAGUGGCAGAGUUGUUGCUUUAAAAAAACUCCACCGAUUGGAAGCUGAGCAGCCAACUUAUGAUACAAAUUUCCGAAAUGAGAUCAAGUUUUUAACUGAAAUACGACACAAGAACAUCGUCAAGCUCCACGGAUUUUGUCUCCACAAUCGUUGCAUGUUCUUGAUUUAUGAAUAUAUGGAAAACGGAAGCUUGUUUUAUGCCUUGAGCAUUGAUGAGGAAGCUGUGGAAUUGGAUUGGACCAAAAGAGUGAACAUUGUCAAAGGUGUCGCACAUGCUCUAUCUUACAUGCAUCAUGAUUGCAACCAUCCAAUUGUUCAUCGAGACAUCUCAAGCAAUAAUGUUUUGUUGAACUUAGAAUGGGAAGCUUUUAUUGCUGAUUUUGGGACUGCAAGACUUCUUGAUCCUGAUUCAUCUAAUCGGACUGUAAUUGUUGGAACGUAUGGAUACAUUGCUCCAGAAUUUGCUUAUUCUUUGGUUGUGACUGAAAAAUGUGACGUAUAUAGCUUUGGAGUGUUGGCAUUGGAAAUAUUGAUGGGAAAGCAUCCUGGUGAAUUGUUGUCAUUACUAAUAUCAUCAUCAUCUAGUGUCCAAAAUAUCAUGCUAAAUGAAAUCUUGGACCCUCGAUUAUCACCCCCAAGAAGUCGGAAAUUGGUAGGAAACAUCGCUUUCGUUGCUAUCAUUGCUUUUGCAUGCUUAUGGACCAAACCCAAAGCUCGACCAACAAUGAAAUUAGUGUCCCAAGAAUUCCUACACAUCAAGUCUCCAAUUUCAAUGCCUCUUCAUGAAAUAUCUCUUAUCGAGCUUAAGAAUUAUGAGAUGUUUAUGAGCGGUGAAUGUUACAAAUAAAUAAAUAGUAGUUGAUCUGGUGAAGCAUUUUUAAGUGGAUAUGAAUAUCAUAUUCUCUUAAAUAU